GUUCCAUUCCCGGGGGAUUGGAGUAGCGUUGGAGUCACUGACGCCAUCCCCUCCCGCCUCUGGCGUUCAUGGAGCAUGCGCUUCCUCCCUCACUUCCUCUCCAGGAGGGAGCGAGAGUAAAGCUACGCCCUGGCGCGGCCGUCUCCGCGUCACAGGAACUUCAGCACCCACGGGGCGGACAGCGCUCCCCUCCACCUGGAGACGUGACUCCCGCGUGCCCCAACCCUGCUAAUCCACUGACCCCCGAGUGUCAGAGAUCCCGCGGCCGCCCAGUCCCGGCCCCUCUCCCGCCCCACACCCGCCCUCCUGGCUCUUCCUGUUUUUACUCCUCCUUUUCAUUCAUAACAAAAGCUACAGCUCCAGGAGCCCAGCGCCGGGCUGUGACCCAAGCCGAGCGUGGAAGAAUGGGGUUCCUCGGGACCGGCACUUGGAUUCUGGUGUUAGCGCUCCCGAUUCAAGCUUUCCCCAAACCUGGAGGCAGCCAAGACAAAUCUCUACAUAAUAGAGAAUUAAGUGCAGAAAGACCUUUGAAUGAACAGAUUGCUGAAGCAGAAGCAGACAAGAUUAAAAAAACAUAUCCUCUAGAAAACAAGCCAGGUCAGAGCAACUAUUCUUUUGUUGAUAACUUGAACCUGCUAAAGGCAAUAACAGAAAAGGAAAAAAUGGAGAAAGAAAGACAAUCUAUAAGAAGCACCCCACUUGAUAAUAAGUUGAAUGUGGAAGAUGUUGAUUCAACCAAGAAUCGAAAACUGAUAGAUGAUUACGAUUCUACUAAGAGUGGAUUGGAUCAUAAAUUUCAAGAUGAUCCAGAUGGUCUUCAUCAACUAGACGGGACUCCUUUAACUGCCGAAGACAUUGUCCAUAAAAUCGCUACCAGGAUUUAUGAAGAAAAUGACAGAGCAGUGUUUGACAAGAUUGUUUCUAAACUACUGAAUCUUGGCCUUAUCACAGAAAGCCAAGCACAUACACUGGAAGAUGAAGUAGCGGAGGUUUUACAAAAAUUAAUCUCAAAGGAAGCCAAUAAUUAUGAGGAAGAUCUCAAUAAGCCAACUAGCAGGACUGAGAAUCAGGCUGGAAAAAUACCAGAGAAAGUGACUCCAAUGGCAGCAAUUCAAGAUGGUCUUACUAAGGGAGAAAACGAUGAAACAGUAUCUAACACCUUAACCUUGACAAAUGGCUUGGAAAGGAGAACCAAAACCUACAGUGAAGACAACUUUGAGGAACUCCAAUAUUUCCCAAAUUUCUAUGCAUUACUGAAAAGUAUUGAUUCAGAAAAAGAAGCAAAAGAGAAAGAAACACUGAUUACUAUCAUGAAAACAUUGAUUGACUUUGUGAAGAUGAUGGUGAAAUAUGGAACAAUAUCUCCAGAAGAAGGUGUUUCCUACCUUGAAAACUUGGAUGAAAUGAUUGCUCUUCAGACCAAAAACAAGCUAGAAAAAAAUGCUACUGACAAUAUAAGCAAGCUUUUCCCAGCACCAUCAGAGAAGAGUCAUGAAGAAACAGACAGUACCAAGGAAGCAGCAGCUAAGAUGGAAAAGGAAUAUGGAACCUUGAAGGACUCCACAAAAGAUGAUAACUCCAACCCAGGAGGAAAGACAGAUGAACCCAAAGGAAAAACAGAAGCCUAUUUGGAAGCCAUCAGAAAAAAUAUUGAAUGGUUGAAGAAACAUGACAAAAAAGGAAAUAAAGAAGAUUAUGACCUUUCGAAGAUGAGAGAUUUCAUCAACCAACAAGCUGAUGCUUAUGUGGAGAAAGGCAUCCUUGACAAGGAAGAAGCUGAGGCCAUUAAGCGCAUUUAUAGCAGCCUGUAAAAAUGGCAAAAGAUCCAGGAGUCUUUCAACUGUUUCAGAAAACAUAAUAUAGCUUAAAACACUUCUAAUUCUGUUACUAAAAUUUUUUGACCCAAGGGUUAUUAGAAAGUGCUGAAUUUACAGUAGUUAACCUUUUACAAGUGGUUAAAACAUAGCUUUCUUCCCGUAAAAACUAUCUGAAAGUAAAGUUGUAUGUAAGCUGAGAUUUUGUAUACAGAAUCCUUAUUUCCUCAUAGACUUAUAUUUUAUAAUCAGAAUAUGUUGCUUUGAAAAAGCCUCUAAUGGACUGACCUUAAAACUCACUGUCUCAUCCACACAAGCACUCCCUGAAGAAUUAAGUGGGUUCUGUUUUCAAGGUAUGCCAGGUACCAAAGCACCUUGCAGAGUAUGUCUAUUACAGGAUGUCGUUUCCACUAGCAGUUCCCUUUGGGGAGUUGAAGUAAAUUCACAUUUUCUCAAAGUCUCGUAGCUUUGGAGGAGCUAUCUGCUUUUUUGGCUGCUCUUUUUAGCUGGCUUUUUAUUAGGCCCAGUGACAUAAAAAGGAUCCAGGUAAAUGGGUAUAGGAUUUGCUGGAUUUACUGACAAUUUCGCCCUGCUCUUAACACUUCCUAUUAGUGACUUUUCAGACUUGAGUUUGCUUAUAGAGAUAUUUAUGCACUCUCUAAGAAGACAAAUGAGGUCAUAAACACUGCAUAAAGCAAGGUAAAAAUGUAUGCCACAUCUCAGUUAUCUAAACUGGAUUAGAUCCAAGCCAAGGUUUCCCAACAGAGAGCAAAGGGCCAGGCAGUAGGGUAGAAAUCGAGAUAAAAAUCAUUCCUUCCUUGUGAUCCAAAGCUGGUAGAGCAGCUUCCCUGGAGGGAAAGGUUAAUGAACUUCAGGUCCCUGCAACUCAGCCCCCACCACAAACACAGCCCUGGAAACAUACAGUGGCCCAAGGUCCUCUUGAAAUGUUAAUAAUUAAUGUUCCCAAACCAGAGAAUGCUUUGAAAAUGUAUUACUUGGUGUAAAUUAAUUACAUACAUAUUUUUCUAUAUAUUUACUUCAAAUUGUAAAAAUAACAUAAUGCUUUGUGUAUUAGAGUGAAGCCAGCCGGACUUCCUGGGUCGAGUGGGGCCUGGGAGAACUUUCCUGUCUUACAAGAGGAUUGUAAAACGCACCAAUCGGUGCUCUGUAAAACACACCAAUCAGUGCUCUGUAGCUAGCAAGAGAUUUGUGAAAUACACCAAUCAGCGCUCUGUAAAAUGCACCAACCAGCACUCUGUAAAAUGCACUAAUCAGCAGGAUUCUAAAAGUAGCCAAUCGCAGGGAGGAUUGAAAAAGCGGCACUCUGAUAGGGCAAAAAGGGAACAUGGGAGGGGACAAAUAAGGAAAUAAAAGCUGGUCACCCCAGCCAGCAGCGGCAACCUGUUCUGGUCCCCUUUCACGCUGUGGAAGCUUUGUCCCUUCGCUCUUCAAAAUAAACCUUGCUACUGCUCA